GUUUAAUUGUUAAACUAGUUAAUCGUUACAUUUAUUAUUCUCCUAUAAAACUAGUUAAUUGUUAAACUUGUUAAAUAAAGUUGUUACAUUUUAAAACAAAUAGUUCGAAUUUUUACAUUGCAUUAUUAUUUAAUUGUAGUUAAGUUUAUUAUAUUGUAGUUGCAUAGUUCGAAUUUAAUUGUAUUUCGAAUUAGUAGAUUUGUAUUUCAAAUUCACUAGUUUAAUUGUACUUCAAAUUUAAUAUUUGUUAUAUGUUUAAGACGGAACGUGCUAGAGAAUCUGUAGAUAUGAGUAACCUCCGCCGCAACCGAACAAAGGAGAUUGCGAGGAAUCAUCCAAGGUCACACAAAGGUAAGGGAGGGGCCGGGUCUUCAUCUCAAACCCGAGAUGAUUUUGAUGCGGAUUACAACCAAAGAUAUGGGGAUGCGAUGUCCGAUGAGCAACUAGAACAACUAUUGCAACAAAAUCAAGGAAGUUUUUUUCAUCAACAAGACAUCCUGCAAACCAUUGACGAAGAAGAGCUCGAGGAUAAUGAUGCGGAGGAGAGGGAUCCGCAAACGGCCGAGGACGAGGUUCAUGGCACACCGGACGAUGAGGAAGAGCAAGCGGAAGUGGCUACUUCUUCCCAAGCCGAUGAGAAAUCUGAAUCUGUCUUUAAAGCCAAUUUUACAAAAGUUAAAGACCUCGAAACCGAGAUAUGGUACGCCACUUGCAAGCAUUGCAAGAAAAAGUAUAACUUGGAAAUUUCUGGAGGGUACGGGAGCGCCACAAGGCAUCUUAAGGCCAAACACCCGGCAGAAUAUGCAAAAUCGGACAAAGACAAGGGAAAGCAAACACAAAUUUCAAGGUUUGCAAGUGGCCAACACUUUGGUAAUUUCUCCUAUGAUGAUCAAAGACAUUUGACUGGUCUAGGAUUUGGUUUUUCCUUAGCAGAUCUAAGGUUUGGUUCUUCCGGCCGGUGAAUCCCCUUCACUUGUGUCCGACAUUGGGAUUGGAUUUGAGGCAGAUUGACAAGAAUCCUUGCCCAAGCUGGAUGACAUCGAAGCCAGAGUUCGGUGAUCGAUUUCUUCGUGAACAGGGUAGCAAGCGCAUGACAUCGAUGAAGAUAACCGCUAGCGGUGGAUUUGCCACGAGCGCGGGACGAUGAGAGGUGCACGGAUUUCGAGCAGGCCAGAUGACGAUUGACAAUGAAUGAUCAAUUAGAGUGGUACCAAGGUUACGGCCUCCUCCUGAAGACCUGAACCACUGCCAUGGGUUGUACGAGGUGCUAGACUCCGUGGAAGUUUUCCUAUUAGUUAUUUUUAUUCUGUCAUUUGGCUUCUUGUUA